UUAGACAGGCUUUUAUUUUGAAAAGACAUUACUAGCGAGUUCAGUCAUUUGCUGGUGUAGCUGGCUUCACCGACCUCACCCUGAGCUCGAUGUGUCAAAAAAAGAACUGUGUGGCUAUCACAACAAUUACACAUAGCUGAGACUAACCUUACCAAACAUGGCAACAGAAAAUGAGGAAAACGGCGCAGACAUGCACUCCGAGUCAGAGGAAUCCCCAUACUCUUUGGCGAGGCAGAAGUUGGAGAGUCUUUUGAAUAAGAACAUGCGGAUCCGAAUGACAGACGGCAGAACACUCGUGGGACUGUUCUUGUGCACUGACCGGGAUUGUAAUGUCAUCCUGGGCUCUGCACAGGAGUUUCUCAAAUCUACAGACUCGUUCUCCCAAGGGGAGCCAAGGGUUCUGGGGCUGGCCAUGAUUCCUGGGCAUCACGUUGUCUCCAUUGAAGUGGAAUCGGAGAGUUUACUGAACAGCUCUCAAGGGAUGUGACAGUAUACUGCACUGCGUGUGCUUUGAAAGACUUUAUUUCUAAUGCAGACAUCUGUGAACGUUCACUUUGCGUGUGUCUACAUUGGUGGGCUGUCCAGACAAGACCGAACAUGAGGUAAUGAGUGAACAAUGUUGACUUUGGUACCUGAAAGAAACACAACCGUCUUGAAUAGAAGAUGGAAUGGACGUUUUCCAACACCUUCAUGGCAAGGAGGGACAAACUAGCUGUAGGUCUAUUCUGUGAAGAUGUAGACCUGCAUACACUGUCCUUGAGGACGUCUUGUAUUGUGUUCAAUGUUUUGCAUAACUGUAAAGCUAAUUUUUUUGAUGGGAAUCGUCAUUUUUACAUGAUAAUUACAGAUAUUCAUAAACUGAAAGUUCCAAUGUGGGUUUUUUUGCCAGUUCAGAUGCAGUGAGUGAGGUUUUACUAUAAUUCUACCGCACAACUCUGCUAGUUGUCAACAUUACAUUCUCAUUGUUAAGUCUUUUUUAGUAGUUUUCUUUUAGUAGUUUAUUUCCUAAUGUAUGCUGGCCAUUCACAAAGUUGGAUCUUUUUCAUGAAUAAUUGUCAUUUUUAAAGGUACACUGUGCAGGAAAUGGUCAAAAAAGGUACUGCAACAAUGCUGCUCAUUGAAACUGGGCUGCUUUUGCCAAAUUUGAUCUUUUUCAUGAAAGUUUGCUAAGUAAUAAACUAAUAUUUUCUAGUAUGGCCUAAGUACAGUCAUUUUGCAGCUAAAAAUGGCUAUUUCUGGAAAUUCAAAAUGGCCGACCAUGGAGAAGAUCCCCAUUUUCAUGUCUGAAAAGUGCAAUUUUUCCAUUCAUAAUGAAUACUUAGAAUUUGAUGAUGGUGGUAAGUGCUCAUGAAAAAGGUAACAUUAGUGAAUGGGUGGCAUGAAUUCUGUAAAUAAACAACUAAAAAUCUUACACAGUGUACCUUUUAAGUGGAACUACCCACUGACCUAGAUGGUUCCACCUAUGCAGGCCCUUGGUCUCCAAACAAAGGCCCGCAGCCAAAUCGAGCACGGGCAUGGCAGACAUUUGGACCACCAUGAGGUCAGAACAAAUGAAAACAUAAAUGAGUAUGAUUUUUUUUACAUUAAAACUCAGUGGGUCA